AUGGAAAACACAGAGUUCCUUGCACUCGAAGAGCGGGCGACGUGGCUGAUCAAGCCUGCUGUUGCGGGACUUGUCCGGUCGAUGUGCGAGAUGGCUUCAAAGACGGAGCAACAUGGAUGGGAGCUGAAGCUACCACAGCUGUUGCCAAAUUCGGUGACCCCGGCCCGACGCUCACGGCAUCGGAAUCAGUCGCCGGACCCGUCCAAAGUUCUGGGUUCCAUCCCGGGAAAGACGGAGACCAGUCCGAGGCCAGCAGACGCUGUCCAGCCUUCAGAGCAGGCGGUUGCAGACGCAGACGCUCCGGAAAAGUCCAACGGCGGUGGGGAAGUGUCGACUCCAGGUACAGCAUCAGAGUGUACAGACGCCGACCCCGGCGAAGUGGUGGUGGCAGCGAGCCCCGCCAAGCAGACACGACCAGGGCUCGUCUUGGCUGCGGCUCUUCUUCUUCUGCUGAGCUCGGUCCCCUGGCUUUGUUGCCGGGUAUUGGAGGUCCAUCUAUCUCCCAUACACCUGCACUUUCAACGGACAGAUCGAAGGGACCACCUUCCAUCGGACAUCUCGCGCCAGCAGGUGCUUGAGGUUAUUCGUGACAGCUCCGCUCUUCCGAAAAGGUGGCAGAUUUCACAAUCCGAUGCUCCCACUGGAGACCCCGUUGUGUAUGUGACCACGUCCACGGCUAGCCGCUGGGAAGAGAACCUGUUUGUCGAGAGCCAGUUUAGGCAACUAGAGGAGAGAAUCCGCGCGCUGCUUCUGAUUCGUAUGGUUCCAUCCGACCAGUGCGGGGACAGGGAGGAGCGGGAUCAGGUGGAGGAGUUCAUUUCCGAGCACAUCAGCUACAAGCAUUUCCGAAAGCUCGUUGACCCAGUGUGGAUCUGCUCGUGGGAUGGUGAGCUAAAGAGCGGCGAAGAGUUGAGGCGAUCCGUGAGCCGUCUUGACAGGGCUCUACUGCCGUACUGGUGGGCCGCAGUGGCAAUGCCGAAGUUUCUGUGA